UACGUGCUACAGACUGUUGUUGAUGCCUUGAUCUCUGUGCAUCAAAUUCUUGCCCGCAUCCCUUCCCUCUUCAUAGUGCUCUCGAGCCUCGGCAGAUCAAAGAGCGGGCAGAGCAGGUCGUGUGGGACCAGGCAAAGCUUUCCGACUCUUCACAAAGUGGGCGUUCGAGAACGAGAUGGAAGCGCACACGACGCCGGAGAUUCAGCGUACCAAUCUGGCCAACGUGGUUCUGCUGCUCAAAUCUGUCGGCAUCGACGAUUUGUACAACUUUGACUUUUUAGAUCCGCCGCCAACGGACACGUUGAUGCGGUCUUUUGAACUGCUGUACGCUCUAGGCUCCUUCAACGAUCGAGGAGAGCUGACGAAAUUGGGAAGGAGACAGGCUGAAUUUCCAAUCGAUCCCGCACUGAGCAAAGCUAUACUUGCCAGCGAGACGUUUGGAUGCACAGACGAAGUGCUCUCCAUCGUUUCCAUGCUUCAAGAAUCCUCCUCCAUCUUUUUUCGUCCAAAGGAGAAGAAGUUGCAUGCGGACAAGGCUAGGGCCAGUUUUGUUCGUGCGGGAGGAGAUCACUUUACGCUCUUGAACAUUUGGGAGCAGUGGGUCGAAUCCGGAUACUCUUUCAGCUUUUGCAUGGAAAAUUUCGUUCAACCCAAAGUGCUCAACAGGGUUCGAGAUAUCAGGGAUCAGCUGGCCCAAUUGGCCGAGAGGGCAGAAGUCGUCUUGCAGAGCAACAAGGAUUCCAGCGAUGUCACGCCUAUUCAGAAAGCCCUGCUUAGCGGCUUUUUCAUGAAUACCGCCACGAUUCAAAAAGGAGGCGAAAGCUAUCGAGCUAUCAAGCAGGCCGCUACCGUUCAUAUACGUGAGUAUCGAAGCGGCCUUAUUCCUUCGUGAGCCCAAAAAGAAACGCUUCCAAGCUGAAUCUGAGCAUGACACUUCCUUCGAUCAUCUUUUGCUCCAAAUUGUUAUCAUGAUCAUUUGCUACGCGUUUGCAAUCCCGCCACAGAUCCGAGUUCGUGUCUUUUCAAACAAAUUCCACCGUCCAAGUUCCUCCUCUACUACGAACUUGGUAAGUCGAGUCGAGUCCUCCUCUUCUUUCUUGUCAUCUUUGCAUUUCGUCUCAAAAUACUCGCUUUUGCCCGCCCCCCCCCCCUCCUUCUCUCCAGUCGAAACGUCGCGCAAUUAUAUGCGACAG